AUGGUUCAAAUCAGCGAAGUCCGCGGCAACAGCCGCGACCAUCGCACAGCGGCGCACACCCACAUCAAGGGCCUAGGUCUCAACUCGGCGGGUAUCGCUGAGAAGCAGGCUGCUGGCUUUGUUGGACAAAACUCGGCGCGCGAGGCAUGCGGCGUUGUCGUCGACCUCAUUCGAGCGCACAAGAUGGCCGGCCGUGGCGUCCUCCUCGCCGGCGGUCCAGGCACAGGCAAGACAGCCCUCGCCCUCGCCAUCAGCCAAGAGCUCGGCACCAAGAUUCCCUUUUGCCCCAUCACCGGCAGCGAAAUCUACUCGACCGAAGUGAAGAAGACCGAAGUCUUGAUGGAGAACUUUCGGCGGGCAAUCGGGCUCAAGGUCCGCGAGACCAAGGAUGUGUACGAGGGCGAGGUCACAGAACUCACACCAGAAGAGGCGGAAAACCCCUUGGGCGGAUACGGCAAGACUAUUAGUACUCUGCUCAUCGGGCUCAAGAGCGCGCGAGGACAAAAAAAGUUGAGACUGGACCCCAGCAUCUACGAGGCUAUUCAGAAGGAGAGAGUUACUGUGGGUGAUGUGAUUUACAUCGAGACGAAUACCGGUGCGUGCAAGAGGGUGGGGAGGUCGGAUGCGUAUGCGACUGAAUUCGAUCUGGAGGCGGAGGAGUAUGUGCCCAUCCCCAAGGGUGAGGUACACAAGAAGAAGGAGAUCGUGCAGGACGUGAGCCUGCACGAUUUGGAUGUGGCCAACGCUAGACCGCAGGGGGGCCAGGACAUUAUGAGCAUGAUGGGCCAGCUGAUGAAGCCAAAGAUGACGGAGAUUACGGAUAAGCUGAGGGGCGAGAUCAACAAGGUGGUGAGCAAGUAUAUCAACCAGGGUGUGGCGGAGCUGGUGCCGGGUGUGCUGUUCAUAGAUGAGGCGCACAUGCUCGAUGUUGAGUGCUUUACCUACCUUAACAAAGCGUUGGAGUCCCCUAUUUCUCCAAUUGUGGUCCUGGCUUCGAACCGGGGUGUCACCACCAUUCGUGGGGCUGACGACCUGGUAGCUGCCCAUGGUAUCCCCCCUGACUUUUUGUCUCGCCUCCUCAUCAUUCCCACCCAUCCGUAUGAGCCCGAGGAGAUCAAGAGAAUCGUACGGAUUCGGUCAACCACCGAGGGCGUGCAGCUCACAGACGCCGCUGUCGACAAGAUUGCGGAGCAUGGUGUGCGUAUCAGUCUUCGUUACUGCCUCCAACUAUUGGCUCCAGCCAGUAUUCUUGCUCGGGUCAAUGGCCGCUCUCAGAUUGAUGUUCAGGAUGUUGCAGAGUGCGAGGACUUGUUCCUUGAUGCCAGACGUAGCGCCCAGGUGCUGGCCAGCGAGUCGGGCCGGGGUUUCAUUUCAUAA